AUGGCGGGAGAAGAACUUCCCUUGGAAUCUCCUAAGACCGACCUCACCGAAGAACGAACUGAUAAGGAUCGCUGGCCCAUGCCUAAAAUACUCCCGCCCUACCCGAAAGUUAUCAAGAUCUCCGAGCGUCGGAUCCCCGGGCCUUCCAAAACUCUUGCUUCCUGUGAGCAGGUUGAAGUUAUUGAUGGCGGCCAAGAUUCGAGGCCGGUCCUCGAUGAUGAGGGAAACCCAGUGCGCGUCAUCAUCCCAGAGAAGGCCGCCUGGACACCCGCUUUUCCAAAUGACAGACGUUGGUUCGUUGAUGAUAGUCGAAUAUCCAGCCGGGACACUCCAAAGGAAAAUAAUGAAUGUGGAUGUGUGUGGAUGUUCGAGUAA